GGAGACAUAAUGCACAGCAUCAAGCCAGCGACAGCAGAAAGUGCAGUCGAACCGAGAGGACCUGUGUCGCCGACGGGCUGAUAACCACUGCACGGAUGCCUGGUCCAUAACGGAUAUCACACUGAAUUUGUUUUAAUUUCAUCGUAUGGUUUAGCUGUAGGACGCUGAAUAACAACCGUUCUUUUUCUCUGAAUCGCGCCAUCGCAGUUGGUCUUUCAUUCGGAGGGCUUGCCCUUUCUCCGGGAGUCUGGAUGGAAGCAGCACUGCCAGUAGCUGAGGGAGCGGUUGGGCUGUCAGAGGCCAGGGAAGCGAGUCCUUUUUCCGGGGCCACAGCAUCCGAGGAUGCGGACACUGUCAUUGGAGUAAGCUAUGGAAUGGAUAGCGACUUCGAUUUUUCUGCUAGAAAAGCACACAUCACUGAGCUGCCUGGUGUCUCGGGUCUACCAGGCCAGGGGAAGAGGAUGGGCCACAGGGGAGUGGACGCGUCCGGAGAGACCACCUACAAGAAGACCACGUCGUCUGCCCUGAAAGGUGCCAUCCAGCUGGGCAUCGGCUACACAGUGGGCAACCUGAGCUCCAAGCCUGAGAGAGACGUCCUCAUGCAGGACUUCUAUGUGGUGGAGAGCGUCUUCUUUCCCAGUGAAGGCAGCAACCUGACUCCAGCCCACCACUUCCCAGACUUCCGUUUUAAGACGUACGCUCCCGUGGCCUUCCGCUACUUCAGGGAGCUCUUUGGGAUCAGGCCCGAUGACUACCUGUACUCCCUGUGUAACGAGCCCCUGAUUGAGUUGUCCAACCCCGGGGCCAGUGGCUCUGUGUUCUACCUGACCAAGGACGAUGAGUUCAUCAUCAAGACCGUUAUGCACAAGGAGGCCGAGUUUCUACAGAAGCUGCUGCCUGGCUACUACAUGAACCUCAACCAGAACCCUCGUACCCUGCUCCCCAAGUUCUUCGGCCUGUACUGCAUCCAGUCUGGCGGUAAGAACAUCCGCAUGGUGGUCAUGAACAACGUUCUACCGCGCGCCGUCCGCAUGCACCUCAAGUUCGACCUGAAGGGCUCCACGUACAAACGCUGUGCCUCCAAGAAGGAGAGACAGAAAGCCAAGCCCACCUUCAAAGACCUGGACUUCAUGCAGGACCUGCAGGAUGGCCUGAUGCUGGACCAGGAUAUGUACAGCGCUCUGGUCAAGACACUGCAGAGAGACUGUCUGGUGCUGGAGAGCUUUAAGAUCAUGGACUACAGCUUGCUGCUGGGGGUCCAUAACAUCGACCAGGCAGAGCGGGAGCAGCAGAUGGAGGGAGGAGAGAAGGAUGAGAAGAGGCCCGUGGCCCAGAAGGCCCUCUACUCCACCGCCAUGGAGUCUAUCCAGGGAGGGGCCGCCUGCGGAGAGUCUAUCGACACCGACGACACGAUGGGCGGCAUCCCAGCAGUCAACGGGAAAGGAGAGCGUCUACUCCUCUACAUCGGAAUCAUCGACAUCCUGCAAUCCUACAGGUUAAUAAAGAAACUGGAGCACACGUGGAAGGCUUUGGUUCACGAUGGGGACACCGUAUCAGUCCAUCGGCCUGGCUUCUAUGCAGACAGGUUCUUCAAAUUCAUGAGCAGCAAUGUGUUCAAGAAGAGCUCCUCCUUGAAGUCUUCUCCCAUUAAGAAGGGUCGUGUGGGCCUGACGGUGCCUAAGUACACCGGCCCUGGAGCCGCCUGGUCAGCCAGCCAGUUGCCCUCGGAGGGAGACGAUAACAUAUAUGACCUGAGAGGAGCACGCAGCUUCCCCACGCUGGAGGACGAGGGGCGACCAGACCUUCUACCCUGCACCCCUCCGUCGUUUGAGGAGGCAACCACGGCCUCCAUCGCCACCACGCUCUCCUCCACCACCUCUCUGUCCAUCCCAGAGAGGUCUCCCUCAGAUGCUGGAGCAGAGAACCCCCGCUACAGGUACCAGAACAACAGCUCUGAGAGAAGGAGGCACACCCAGUCUGUCAGCCAUGACGGGAGGACCCAGGAGGAGGUGCGUGAGGAGGAGCAGCAGACCAUCACGGUGGAGGUGGAGGUGAAGAGACAUGACAGCGAGCCCAUCAUCACGGCCCCACAGCCAUCUCCAGAGACCAGUGAGGUAGCUGAGGCUUCUGCUGAUGUUGUUGCCCCACCCUCCACCUCUCCCCCGGCUCCUGAGGCCUCUGCUGCUGAGGCCCCUGACCCAGAGGCCCCUGCCAGUUCCAAGUUGGUGGUGGUUGAGGGGGACCGCCGGGGCAGCAUGGUGUCAGGGUCCGGCUGCACCAGCCAAGCCUCCCAGGACGACGAGGAUGACGUAACAAUCACAGACAUCUACUUUAAGCGUUGACAGUAGGAAUCCAGAGGGAGCAGAGAGAGAGAGUGAGUAAACACUCCUCCAUAGAGCUGAGAGGAGAAUGACUCUGUGGAGAGAGGAGCCAUCAGAUUGAUCCCCAGGCCUUUGAGUGGCAGGCAGCAGAAUGAUUCCAGUCCCGACCUGUAUUUUAAACCAUGGAUACAAAAGCAGAACAGAUGAAAUACUGUGAGGAAACCCCCCUAGACAUCCCGUUAUCAUUGUGUUGAUGAUAUGAUCCAUUCCUCUCCUUUCACCCCCACCUCAACCAAAAAUGACCCUACCAUGAUAAAACAGGGCCUCAAAUGGCUAUGCUACGUCUAGCAUUCCCCAUGAGAACAGGGGCGUUGGGUCGUCUCUGUUACUCGCCACACAUUACAGUUGAUUAAGUCACAUGUAUUUUAUUGAUAUCAUGUUCAUUUAUAUUGUUUGCUUUUUCUUUGUUUUUAGUUUAGUUUCUUUAUUUUCUGAACUUUUUUCACCACUUUAUUUAUUUUCAUAAACAGAAAAAAUGAUUGCUAGACUGUGUUUCACAAAACAUGAUUUUGUGCAUAUUUAUAAGCCUACUGUAUUAUUUGACAGGUUUAUUUUUUAGUUGUCAAGUAUUUAUUUUGACAUUUCUAUCACAGUAUUGCUACACUUCCCAUACACUUCUGCUGAAUGCACCUCUCAUGAGUCCCCAAGCCUCAAAACCAGAUCAUCGCAACACUAACUAAUGUUGAGACAUUGUCUAUCAUUUCAGAAUCCUACAUCAUUACAAUGUCUUCCAGGACCACCCAGCUUUUGGAUAAAUGCAACAACAACAACAAAUUCCAAGCAUAAUGAGUUAUUGAGUUAUCUUAAUAUGAAAUGAAAUGCCAACAGUUUAGCGAUCACAUUUUUGGCUCUGGAUUUGAGCUCUGAUGGACAUGGGUAUUAGCCAGGCUAGUAGGCUAACUCAAAGUCCUCCUGACUUCAGAGUCUGGAAAGGCUAUUUUGACGUCGGCACGAUGCGACGAUAAGGAAGGGGAUGUGCUUGUUUUACUGAUUGGUUCUCUUCUGUAUUUUUCUCAUUCCAACACCCACAUGGACAGCCAUUCACAGCUAUCCAAUACAACUGUUGAAUUUUCAAAUCCAAACAACAUGAGGGCUCAACCUCUCCAGGAAAAAAAAGAAAGAAAAAAAAAGUUUGAGAGAACUAAUCAAAACUCAGUACAUUCAGGAGCACAUCUCUGCACAAAUACUGCAUUUACAAUGGCCUCCUUUCCAGACCAGUCUGUCACAGCUCUCCUUGCUGUGAGUCACUUGAGUCGGAUCAGCCAGGCUAGUGACCUUAGGCUAAUGGAUUGGAUUACUUAGGACGAAUAACAAUAUCAUAUCAUGGCCAGAAUUAAUUCAUACUUCUGUUAUUUAGUGAGGGUUCAUCAGAAAGGGAAUUCAGGCUGCACUUUAUGUAUUAACCAUCAUUAGAUGUGAAAGUGACGUCUUUAUCACAAUCCUCUGGCAUAGGAUUCAUGUUUUUUAGUCUUUAUGUGGAUUACAUGUUUUAAGAUUUAAGUUAAAUUUUUAACACUUUUAUUGCUCUUUUUCUGUUUCACACUUGGCUGUUUAAAUUCAAGUUGGUGUGUUUGUAUGUCUGUGUGUGAGGCAAGGUGUCAGAACUUGUAAAAUACUUAUGUGCAGUGGCCAGUUAAUCAGUUGUUAAUGUCAUCAAGAGACCAUAGCAGCAAUAUUUUCUACAGUGCAGUAGUUGUAAAGUUACUUUUAAUUGCCUUAAAUAGACAUGAAAAUUAAAAUAUUGAUUUGAUUUUU